GACAUAGAGAGAGAGAAGUGUAUGUGUGUGCGAGUGUUUUUUGGUUCUCCGAAGCCCAAAGAACGGUUCGCUCAGUCACAUUUUAAUCCCAAAAUCCCAUUUUUCUCCUUCUAGAGAGAGAAGGAAAAAAACAAAAGUUAGAGAGAAAAUUUCAGGGAGGAAAAUUUGGGUUUUUGUUGUGUGCUUCAAUGGUUGAAUUAAAAACCCAGACAUUUCUGUGAACUUUUUUUUUUUAGUAUUCGAUGGGGGAUUUUUGAAGCUAUGAUCUUUGCGAACCCAGAAGAGCGAUCUUCGGUGCAGUGAUUGGAUUGGUGGGAUUCGAUUGGAGUCGUUUGAUUUGGUUUUAGGUGCAAUGAACGGUGGCGAUGAGGUCGUCGCUGCUCCGGUGGGCCCGCCUCAGCCGCUGGAGUGGAAAUUCUCUCAGGUAUUCGGGGAACGCACGGCCGGUGAAGAAGUUCAGGAAGUUGAUAUAAUUUCAGCAAUCGAAUUUGACAAAACUGGUGACCAUCUUGCUACUGGCGACCGUGGGGGUCGGGUCGUUCUCUUUGAGAGGACAGAUACAAAAGAUCAUGGCGGCUCCAGAAGAGAUUUGGAGAGGAUGGAUUAUCCAAUUAGUAGGCAUCCUGAGUUCCGUUACAAAACCGAGUUUCAGAGCCAUGAACCUGAGUUUGACUAUCUCAAGAGUUUGGAAAUAGAGGAGAAAAUCAACAAAAUUAGAUGGUGCCAGGCGGCCAAUGGUGCCCUUUUUCUUCUUUCUACAAAUGACAAAACAAUUAAAUUUUGGAAGGUCCAAGAAAAGAAGAUCAAGAAAGUUUCUGACAUGAAUUUGGACCCUUCAAAAGCUUUAGGAAACGGCAGUGUUGCUAGUUCAAGUAAUUCAGUUAGCCCUAAAGCACAUCUUGCAAAUGGAGGAUACCCAAGCAGAUUAUAUGGUUAUCUGAGUAGUGACUUCUCAUUUCCACCAGGGGGCAUUCCAUCACUACGUUUACCUAUGGUAGUAAUUAGCCAUGAAACCAGUCUAAUGGCUAGAUGUCGAAGGGUAUAUGCUCAUGCUCAUGAUUAUCAUAUCAAUUCUAUUUCAAAUAACAGUGAUGGUGAAACUUUUAUAUCCGCGGAUGAUCUCAGAAUAAAUCUUUGGAACUUGGAAAUUAGUAAUCAGAGUUUCAAUAUUGUGGAUGUGAAGCCCGCAAACAUGGAGGAUCUGACUGAGGUCAUAACAUCAGCAGAAUUCCACCCGACCCAUUGCAAUAUGUUAGCAUAUAGCAGUUCAAAAGGCUCAAUCCGCCUCAUUGAUUUGCGGCAAUCAGCUUUAUGUGAUUCUCAUGCCAAAUUGUUUGAGGAACAGGAGGCACCUGGAACUAGAUCAUUUUUCACAGAGAUAAUUGCUUCAAUCUCGGAUAUUAAAUUCGGGAAGGAUGGAAGAUAUAUACUAAGUCGUGACUACAUGACUCUUAAGUUAUGGGACAUCAAUAUGGAUUCAGGUCCAGUUUCAACCUUCCAGGUUCAUGAAUACUUAAGACCGAGGCUCUGUGAUUUAUAUGAAAAUGAUUCCAUCUUCGAUAAGUUCGAGUGUUGUCUGAGCGGUGGUGAUGGAUUACGAGUAGCAACAGGUUCUUACAGCAAUCUAUUUCGUGUGUUUGGUGGCGCCCCGGGAAGUACUGAGGCAACAACUUUGGAAGCCAGCAAAAAUCCAAUGAGGCGACAAGUUCAGACCCCUUCAAGGCCUUCAAGAUCCAUCGGCAGUAGUAUAACAAGAGUCGUCAGACGAGGAGCAGAAAGCCCCGGGGUUGAUGCAAAUGGAAAUACUUUUGAUUUUACGACAAAGUUGCUGCACCUAGCAUGGCACCCAACUGAAAACUCAAUUGCCUGUGCUGCUGCAAACAGCUUGUACAUGUAUUAUGCAUAAAAUGGUCCAGAAAGAACUGUAUUUGCUUGAUUAACUAUUUUGGGUUGCUGUUGGAGAAGGAUUUCUCACCUUUCCUACCGACCAGUGACUUGGAGGCUACAUCAAAUUCUCACAUUUCAAGUGCCCUUAAAAAUCUGUAGCAUGGCUUUUAAUAUCACGGUUCAGAAGUGGCUGCCGGAAUUCAUGAGGAAGCAACCUGAUUUUGUUCCCGGGUGGGCAGCGUCCCUUUUUUUUUUACUUUUUUUCUUUUUUCACUUUCUCCCUUACCAAUCUCCCAAAUUUCUUUGCUCUUCUUUUUUCCUUCUUUCUUCGGUAUCUUUUUUCUGGAAGGGAAGAUGCAGUUAUGUUCUAAAUUUGUAUUGGUUCAAGUCAAGAAGGAAAUGUGAUUGUAGCUCUCCUACAACUAAAGGAUGUUCAAUAUUUGCCACUAGGUUUAAGAUGAAAUGUAGCCUUUACUCAGAAAUCUUGCUGGGAUGAGAUGUUGAAACUUGCAGUGCAUUGAUUUUUUUAUUGAUUCUUUGUCAUGGUUUACAUUUUCAUUGAGGA